AUGGGCACCUUAUCGUUGGUCUUGUUAAUGGGCGCUCUGCUCUCGACAUCGUCAGCCCAGUCCUCCAAUCCUUCAGUAUGGGCAUCCGUCGCCAUGAUCAUGCACGGCGAGCGCACGCCUCUGCGCAGUGGGCUUCAGGACACCCUGACACCCCGGGGCGCGCAGCAGCUGUAUGCCCAGGGCAGUGCCUUCAGAGCGCGAUACCUGGCCAGCGGGACGCCGACGAACAUCUCUGAGGGCCGGAUCACUUCCCGUGCGGCCAUCAGGGAUGUCGCGCGCAACGUCAUCGAGCACGAGCAGCUCUCCAUCUUUUCGGUCCCCGAUGCUCAUGUCGUUGCUGGCGCGACCGCCUUCAUGCAAGGCCUGUAUCCGCCCAUCACGCAAGCUUUUGCCGCGGAAACCGGCGGGACCAACAUUUCCUUGUCGACCCUGUCUGGUAACCUGACGCAGUACCCGUUGGGCGGCUAUCAAUAUCCUGUGAUUGAGACCCUUGGGGUCUUGGACGAGAGGUCUGUUUAUAUCCGAGGCAACACGGAGUGCCCGCAAUGGAGGAUCUCGACAACAACCGUCAUGCAGCUGGACCCCUACAUGCGAAAGCUUUACGAAACCUCCCUUCCGGGGUACCAUCUGUUGUUCAGCACCCCGCCUCUAAAUGACGGCACGAUCCCUCUCUCCAACGCGAAUUUUUGGGAUGCCUAUAACCUCUACGAAUACGUCCGCUACCGCUACACGCACGAGCAGGCCAUUUACGACGCCAUGAAAGACGACUACGCACAGCAAAGCCAGUUCCUGAUGAUGUACGCCAGGCAGCAGCAGCUCAACAUGACGUCCAACAAGGCGGUGUCUGGCUUGAAGAAGGGCGACAUGAUCAGAACCAUCGCCGGCAGGACCUUUGCUCGGAAGGUCGUCGAUGCCCUCGAGGCCAACGGCAACUACGGCGGCUACUCCAACAAGAUGACCAUAAUGUUCAGCUCCCACGAGCCCUUUAUGGCCUUCUUCGCCCUCGCCCAGCUCCAACAACAGUAUCAGACUCUGCUGACACCCUUCUGGGACAUCCCCGAGAACGGCGCUGCCAUGGUGUUUGAGCUCAUCGGCGACCAGCCCAACGAGCCAAACACAUACCCGACAGAGGACAACCUCUACGUCCGCUUCCUCUAUAGGGAAAACGCCAACCCGAACACGCCAUUCGAGGAGUACUCCCUCUUCGGGCUCUCCGACGCCGACACCCGCAUGACAUACAGCUACUUCAAACAGGAGAUGCUCAAGCUCGGCGUCGACGUCUCGACGUGGUGCAGCAUCUGCGGCUCGGUGGAGUCGUUCUGCGACUGGGAGAACCACACCACCACUACGACCAGGCCCACCGUCGGCGAGGCCAUCCGCUCGGACGCGCAGAAUCCCGUCGUCGCGGGCAUCAUCGGCGCCAUCAUCGUCCUCGCCGCUCUCGGCGUCCUCUUCGUCAUGGCGGCCGUUUGUGGCGGUUUCCGCAUUCAUCGAAAAAGGGCAGUGACCGGACCCGAGUCUAGAGACAAAGACGGCCGCGUCGCCGGGUUCGGCGGGUUCAAGGCUGCCGAGAAGAUGGCCAGCGACCCGGACUUGACGGUGUCGAAGCGCGGGGUACACCACGAGCGCCAGGGCAGCUGGGAGCUGCAUAGCGGGCGGGAUGUUACCGCCGGCCAGGCCGGCAUCGUCGUGGGCAAGGCUUCGUCGACUUUCCGAGGCAGAUCGAUGGACGAUGAUGAUGCCGCUAGUGUGAUUGGGGCUUCUCCGGUGAAGCCCAGGGAAGGGGUUUGA